AUGUCGCGUUAUGGACGACGCGCCUUCAAGAAGAUCUCUCUUCCAGAACUCUUCCGUUCCGAUACAUUUACGUUUUUCGGUAUGGCGGACUUGCUUCCUGUGGAAGUUCCGGAGGACUUCAGUCGAAGUCGUAAUCGAGAUCACAGAGGACAGCUGCGACCAAUACCUGAAGAGAUGCGGUUUACAUACGGAACUGCUGGAUUUCGUCAGAAUGCUGAACUAUUGCCGUUUGUAGUUUUCCGGAUGGGAUAUCUUGCAGGUCUUCGGGCCAGAGAGCUUAACAAAACCAUUGGGCUCAUGAUAACUGCUUCUCACAAUCCUGCAAAGGACAAUGGCGUAAAAAUAGUGGAUCCAAAAGGAGAGAUGCUUGCAACUGAGUGGGAGAGGUACGCAUCAGAACUGGUAAAUACCAGCGAUAACGAACUACCCACAGCUGUGAGAGCUUUGGAGGUUCAGGUGGCCACUAGGCGUCCAGCUCCAAAAGCCUUGGUAGUCUGCGCUAUGGAUUCGCGUGAUAGUGGACCACAUCUGAUGAAUGCUGCCAAGGCUGGUGCAGCGCUGAUGGAUGUGCCAUUCGAAAACCAUGGAUUGCUUACUACCCCGCAACUCCAUUAUAUCGUAAGGUGCAAGAAUGAUCCCUCGUUUGGUGAAGCAAAAGAAAUUGGAUACUAUGUCAGAAUAUCUGAUGCAUUCAAAGAACUUUUGAAGAUUCAACGAGAGACCGGGAAGUCUUCUUACACUCCUGAACUCAUUCUCGAUUGUGCCAACGGCGUUGGAGCUGAGAAAAUGCGUAUGCUGUGUCGAUUUCUUCCGGAAGAUGCGUUGAGGAUACAGUUCCGAAAUGAGGAUGACAUACUCAAUUUUAAGUGCGGUGCAGAUUUUGUCAAAAUUGAACAAAUUCUUCCCAUAAACUUUGACGAUGUCGACGUCAGUGCCAGAUGCGCAUCCUUUGAUGGUGAUGCAGACAGAUUGAUAUAUUUCAGAGCUGCGGGAGACAAAGACAAGGUUAUUCUCAUGGAUGGUGACAAGAUUGCAGUGCUAAUCGCGAGAUACAUCAAGGAGGCUCUUGAUGACGCUGGAAUCACUGAUCUCACAAUGGGAAUCAUACAGACAGCAUAUGCAAAUGGGAACUCAACGAAAUACCUGAGGGAUGUGGUUGGCAUAACACCCGUUUUCGUGCCAACUGGAGUCAAGCAUCUACAUCAUGCGGCUGUAAAGUUCGAUAUCGGCAUCUACUUUGAAGCUAAUGGCCAUGGAACUGUCGUUUUCAGCGAAAAGUUUGAUCGAGUAAUUAGAAACGCAGAGCAACCCAAUGACGCCAUAAGAAGAUUACAGUUAUUCUCAAGAGUGAUCAAUGAGGUGGUUGGUGACGCAAUGGCAGAUCUCCUUGCAGUGGAGCUAUUGUUACGAUGGUACGGCUUUUCGAUUGAAGAUUGGGAGCGUGAACUCUAUACAGACGCCCCAAAUGUACAACUCAAAAUACCAGUAACCGAUCGAUCCAAGUUCAAAACAACAUAUGAAGAAACUACUUUAAUCGAGCCCGAAGGUGUACAGCAAGAAAUUGAUGCUUUGGUAGCUUCACAUGAAGGAGCACGAGCAUUUGUUAGACCGUCAGGAACCGAAAACAUCGUUCGUGUAUAUGCGGAAGCUCAUACUGCGGAAGGUGCAGCAGCACUCGCAAGUGAUGUGGCAAGCCUGAUCAAGGGGUUGAAAUCAACAGAGUUUUAAACAUAUCCAUUAACUUAUAAUUUAUUAUAAUAAAAAUUCGUAAUC